UUUCAUAUUUUGUUUUUUGGUGGUUGUUUGGUGGUGACUUUGAAUCGGUAGAAAAUUGAAAUUUGUGGUUUUUUUUGAUGAUAAUUCAUUAGAAGAUUAUUCGUUUAACCACCAUGCUUGUCCGAAACUUUUUUCAAGCCGCACGAUUGUUGAACAAUGCUCAACAUCGAACGGCAUUGAUAAUGGCAUUACAACAACAAAACCAGCAACAAUUUCGUAUGAUUAGUUCACGAUCAGCACCACCAUUGCCGGCAAUUGAUGAUGAAGUUGGCAAUGAAUAUGAUCCAAAAAUGGAUGGCUCAUUGGAAGAUUUUCUUAACAUUCGUUUUGGUUCAAAUAUGCCAACUAUAAUGGAUGAAAAAAGUGAACGUCGUGAUUUAGUGAAUUUUCCACGACCAGUGCAUGUUGAUUUUCCUGAACCAUGUCGUUUAGGUAUCAUACCGGAAUCAUGGUUUCAAAUGUUUUAUGAUAAAACCGGUGUUACUGGUCCUUAUUGUUUCUUUUGGGGUUUUUUGACAUUUCUAUUAUCAAAAGAAUGGCUUGUAUUUGAACAUGAAUUAUUGGUCGGUAUUGAAGCUACAAUUAUUCUUGGUUUUGCUGCCAAAACAUUUGGACCAGCCAUUCGUAAUAAAAACUGUGCCAAAGUUGAUGCAAUCGAAAAAUCAUGGGAUGAUUGGCAAAAAGGAAUGAUUAAAUUCUUGAAUGAUUUCAUUAAAUCAGAGGAAUCUGUUCGUGAUGCACCAAAACAACAUUCAAUACUGUUCGAUGCAAAACGUGAAAAUGUUCAAUUACAAUUGGAAGCUGAAUAUCGCCGUAGACAAAUGGAAGCCUAUCAAGAAGUACGACGACGUCUUAAUUAUCUAGUAGCUAAAGAAGAAGCUGAACGACAAUUUCAACAAAAAUAUAUGGUACAAUGGAUUAUCGAUAAUGUGGCUAAAGGUAUAACACCAGCACAGGAAAAAGAUACAUUACGUACAACAUUGGCCGAUUUGAAACGUUUAUCGAAUACAGUGAAAAUUUAAAUUUCAAAAAUAUAUAACUAAAUAAAAUACAAUCAAUUGAUGUUUGAUUGAAAUUAA